UUAUGACUAGCCUUGGCGUCGGUCGGCGGUGAUCCUUUGUCAAACGCCACUUUAAGAAGAUAAUGCGUGAUAAUUUUCCGAUGAUAACCAUGGCCUUGGCGGGACAUUGGUAGCUCGUAGUGUAGUAUCUUGGGUGCCUAGACUUGCCACUAACAGACACUCGGGAUGGAAGCGUGGGAUUUAGGUGGUGGUGUCUUGUCUCCCUCUACGAUUGAUGGCUCCAUGACUGGCUAUUGCUUGAUGUGUGUAUGGUUUUCAGCUCGCGUGGAUAUUAUGUGUGGACCAUAUGCACUUACAUCAUGUUCCGUGGUUGCAACUGCACGACGAAAUCAGUGUUGCUCUUUUUUUUUUCCUUUUUUGUUUUUAUCUGCCUAGGCAUAGCGUUGAUCUUUCAUGGCUUUACUAUUUGCCGUUGUGAUUCUUUAUGUGUUAGUUGCGUGCAUUCUAGCUAUACUCAUGCCGAGGCCGGAUAUAUGCUCAUUGUGUUUUGUAUCCCCUUCAUUAUGAGUUAAUGAAGAUUCCCUUUUCCAAAAAUUAAUUAUUCGGUCCCCAACUAACAAAUUAUGGGUUGACCUGAAACUAUGAUAAGUGGCUUGUUAACAAAUUUGCAGAAAAAGGAGAAGUACUAAUAUUAUUCUCAGCAAGAGUUAUACAGCCGGUUGGAUCAAAUACCUUCUGGUCAUGCAUUCUUGAUGCAGGUGCAAGCAGGAGGCAUGCGAUAAGCAUGGAUAUGUUGUUGCGUACUGAGGUGACUAUUUGUAGCUUCUGAACCACGGAACCUGCAAGCACGAACCAAACUAUUUCAGUGCGGAAGCAUCUCAGUAAUUGAAAACGUCCAACUAUGCGAAGGUUUUGUUAGAACGUUUGGGGCAGCUAUAAACCGAAUACAAAUCAAAUACUAGUACCCCCACUUCAAUUGCUCACCUCACUACCAACACAAGUGUGGAUGUUUCAAGGAGCUGAUUCGAAGCGCUGCACAAGUCCAAACUAACAGCUGAAGGGGUGGCGACGGACUGGUAAAGGGUCAUGUAUCUGAUGGCAUCCCUGCCUUCCCACGGCGCCUUCCAUGCACCUCUUUGGUAUUCUUGCUCGAGGAGCAAAACCAUGGUGAUGGCCACGGCUUCCAAGGCCAAGGAUGGAGUUCCCGGAAAGGCCUUCAGUCCUCGCAAGGCGUCUCAUAGAGACCGAGUAGCUCACUCAUUGCCACCUGAAAAGAGAGAGAUUUUUGAUUCGCUUAACAGUUGGGCAGAGGACAACAUUCUGGUCCUCUUGAAGCCGGUUGAAAGAUCCUGGCAGCCACAGGACUACCUGCCAGACCCUUCCUUGGAUAGAUUUUAUGACGAAGUCAAGGAGCUGAGGGAGCGAGCCGAGGAGAUCCCCGACGACUACUUGGUAUGUCUGGUUGGAGACAUGGUCACUGAGGAAGCACUCCCUACCUAUCAGAAAAUGCUCAAUAUCCUUGAUGGCGGUGUCCGCGACGAAACUGGCAGCAGCCCAACCAGCUGGGCUGUCUGGACGAGGGCAUGGACGGCCGAGGAGAACCGACACGGUGAUCUCAUGAACAAGUAUAUUUAUCUCACUGGGAGGGCUGAUAUGAGGCAGGUGGAGAAGACCAUACAGUAUCUGGUUGGUGCUGGAAUGGAUCCAAAAACCGAGGCCAACCCCUAUGAGUUUUUCAUUUACACAUCUUUCCAAGAGAGGGCAACAUUCAUAUCUCACGGCAACACUGCAAGGCACGCCAGGAAGUACGGGGACUUGAAGCUGGCCCAGAUAUGCGGCACCAUCGCGGCUGACGAAAGGCGCCAUGAGCUUGCCUAUACCAAGAUAGUGGAGAAGCUCUUCGAGGUCGAUCCCGACUACACGGUCCUGGCCUUCGCCAGCAUUAUGAAGAAGAAGAUCACGAUGCCUGCCCACCUGAUGUAUGAUGGGCAGGAGGACAACCUCUUUGAGCACUUCAGCGCGGUGGCACAGAGGCUGGGCGUUUACACCGCCAUGGACUACGCCGACAUCCUCGAGUUCCUGGUCAAGAGGUGGAACGUCGCCGGCCUCACUGGGUUGUCCGGUGAAGGGCGGCGCGCUCAGGAUUACCUAUGCUCCCUAGGACCAAGGUUUAGGAAGCUGGUGGAGCGAGCUCAGGGGAGCGGGAAGCAGUUGCCUGUUGUUCCUUUCAGCUGGAUCUAUGGCCGGAAAGUGCAGCUUUGAGUAAGAUUUCAAGACAAGUAUAUAUAUAUACCAUUCUUCUUUUUCGUAUUGUACUUGUCUUUAAAAUCUGCAAUAACUGUUGAGUUAUGUAAAGACAUCUACACUGCAUAUGCCAAAUAGCUUGAAAUGACAUAAUUAUACAAACACAUCCUUAUAUGUGUUUUUUUUUUAUUUUGGCUUCAGUUGCCCGUCAUUUUGAGUAUUGAAUCCGGAAAUUUGCACCGGUUCUUGCGGUAACAAAAUAGUCAAAAAUCAUGCUCGUGGCCACCGCUUGAGAGCCUGGCCGAAACAAGGAAACUGGGCAUUUAUGCCCGGCCCACCUGCAUUAUGCACCUACUGUGACAAUAACACGUCUUGCUUCAAGCAGCCUCUAGAAUGGGCCAGCCCAGCACGGGCCACAGGCCUUCAACGCUCUUUUAUUCAUUCAUUUUUCCCACAUUUUUUGCUUUCUUUUCUGUUUUAUUUUUCAUUUUUUCUUAUAAAAUAUUCUAAAUAUAUUUAUUACAAGCUGCCAUCAGGGAUCGUGAUGCUAGGUAAUCUGAAGACCCUAGCUAGAACUUUUGUGUACAAAUGUGCAAGAGUUGCCUAAUGGAAUUGUUCGGCGGACUAAACUACAACGCCUCCCGGAGAAAAAAAUGAUAUUAAAUGGGAUUGCGGACGUGAGCAAUUUAUCGUUGAUGUCAGACUUUGUUAUUACCCCGAGUGAAACGGGAUGAUUGGAGGAUCUAGGGAACUUGACAAGUUUGGAGGAACUUGAGGUGGAUCUCAGGAGCAAGCUUCUUCCUUUCUUUUGUUGUCAGCAAUUGAAUGAUAUAACUGGUUUCGGCGGAAUCGCUUGCACGGUGCCGUCACACCCCACUGCAAACCAUCUAAGCCCACUAGGGAUUUCGAGGGAAUUCACUGGAGUGAGAUCACACCCUGAGUGAUGGAUGUUACAGAUCAACCGAGAGGGUCGCAGGGCAGCGGAUUUGCAAAAAAAAAAAAAUGGGGGAAAAACUUACGGCUCUG